AUGGAUGACAAUCGUGAAACGAACCGGGAGGACGUGGAGAACGAGAGGAAGCAGAUAGACAGCCUGACGGCGGCCCUCGCUCAGGAGAAGGAAGCCGGGGAGAAUCUGAUGAACGAACACAGCAAGGAGAGACACGGCAUGAAGAUGCAGAUGGACCGCAACAACGCAGGGUUGCAGGAGCUUCAGCAGCAGCUGGACAGGGAGAAGGAGAAGAGUGCGGGGUCGGAGGCUGCGCUACAGAGGGAGCGUGCGCGCAUGGACGCGCUCAUGUCAGAAGCUGAGGAGGCCGGAAGCAUCGACGCGGGACGAUUCGUCGAUCUAGAAGCCAGCCUGCAGAGCAAGACCGACGAUCUCAACAGCGCACUGCAGCGGGAGAAGACCCUGAGUAAGAAGCUGAAGGCGAUGCUAGAAGCGCGUCAGGGAGCCAGCACCUCUCAGCUGGAGGAUGAGAAGGCGAGGUACGACCUUGAGCGAUGUAAGAACGCAGAGCUGGCGAUGGCGGUGGACGAAGAACGUCGCAAGCUGCUGUCUCUCGCCGCGACGCUCGACAAGGAACGGCUGCGCGCGCGCGACGAACUAGAGCGCGCCACCUCUGCGUCGAACUACGCCGGCAGCCAGCUCAAGAUGGCUGAGGAUGAGUUGAAGGAGCUUCGACGGGCGGUGGAGACGGAGCGUGCGCGCUCGCAGCGACUGGAGCUAGAGCGCGAGCAGCUGCAGCAGGGCCUGCAGGCAGCGAGGGAGCGCGCGCAGGAGAGAGAAUGCCAGCGCGCGGAGGAACGACGCACCGAGAAGCUACAAGCCAUCGAGGCAGAGAAGGAGGGGGAGAAGGACAGACAGAAGCUGGAGCGCUACAAGAAGGAUCGCCUGCAGCAGCGUCACCGCCUGCAGGAGAUGGAGGGAUCGCUCGUGAAGCUGCAGGCUCAGCGUCUGCAAAUCCUCGCACUGCGUCUCCAGGACGUGUCCGCCACCGAGCGACAACGCAGAACGGCUGAUGGUGGAGAAGCAUCCCGAUCGGAGGAGGAAGCCGAGAGGGACGGCUCCGGGAGUUCGGACGAGGUUUCUCCGAUUCGCGGCGACCUCUCUCACGUGCUGAAGGAGAUACGCGGCCUGCGCACGUCCAUCCUGCUCGAGUCGAUGCUAGAGGGUAUGGCCCCCGACCUGCCCGACCUUCACGCGUUCAGCGAGCGAAGCCUGCAGCAGAACGCCGACCUCGUCGGAUACAUCGCCCGCGCCAGCGAGGAGAAGCUGACGCUCCGUCGCGACGUCGCGCGUCUAGAGGAUGAGCUGUGGAGUCUCAAGCGCCGGGACAGCGGUGCGGACGAGUCUACGAGGCGGGCCGUGUCGGCGGUGGAGGAUACGCUGGGGGCGGAACGCACCGCGCACAUACAGCAGACAAUCGAACUAGAGAGGGCGCUGAGAACGUCCGAAGCCGACGUCAUACGGCUGAAGGCCGACCUGAAUAAACAGGAGCACUACGUCGACAAGAUGCGGAGCCUGUACAGGAAGUAUGCGAGAGCGGAGAGCCAUCGAAGAUCACUCGUCUACCAGAAAGCCUACAUUGCACAGAUGCUGCAUGGUUUCCAGGAGACGGAGCGCACCGCUCUGGCGAUGUGUGCGGAGAUGGGAGCCGUACCCGGCGGCAGCGCCCUGCAGAAGUUCAAGUUCUCCAUUCCCUUCAUGAAGUUUCGCAGCGCGGCGCGCGUCGUCAUAGCGAUACAUCGUCUGCAGUCCCUCGUGGCGACAACGAAGCAGCUAACGGCGGGAGGCGGCAGCGGUGGCGACACCGAGAUGCAGAACGGUGAGUCAGCUGUGAUCUAUGACCUGAGCAUGACAGGUGACACUACACCUGUGAGGGACAGGACACAGGUGCGACGACAUCGAGUGACAAGUGACAGGAUCAUGGCGAGCCGGGGGACAGGCAGCAGCCCAGCGUACGCAUCGCUGGCCGGACGACAGAGGCCGAGGCCAUCGUCGACGGGUGCAGCCUCCAGCUACGGCUCCUCCUACACAGACGACUACCUCCAGCGUCUCGGCCGCAUGCGCGAACACAUAGCAGUAAGAUUCGAUCGGGAGUAG